UCACCCCAAUCGUUAAAAGUCGAUUCAAAGUCACUGAGCAACUGGGAGUGAUCAAUUUGGCCGUUGAAAGAGUGCCCAUUCAGAUAUAAAACCUUGCAAUGGGACUUCAGUUCCUCGGCCUUGUGGCCUUUACCUUCUUCGUGGGUCAAACCAUGGCCUUCGACUGUACUCAAGUGAAUAGUACAAUCAUGAACUACAACCCUCUGGGGACUUGUAAUUGCACCGGACACCUCUACGUGAGCAACGACUGCCGUGAAGGAUUCUAUUGCUUUGAUUUGGAGGGUAAUGGAUGCCUCAGGACAUGUGAGGAGGACGAGUUCCUGGUGCCUAAUUUCAAAGAGCGAACUUGGCAUUGCCUGAAGAAUGGUUUAGUACCUCCUCCGGAUCAUCGCGAACUAGAUGAUGAAUUUGACCCUGAUGUUUUUGAAUCUCUUUCUUACGAGGAUAGAAUUUUGCUACGAUGCCCAGUUUCGGGAUACAACCUGUGUCCUUCUAACGAAACUGCUCCACCUCCAAAUCCUGAUGAUGUAACAGAGAACCCCCUUGGGACCUGUCGAUGCAAUGGAGAGCUUUGGGUGGCCGAAGGUUGUUCGUUUGGGUUCUAUUGCAAUGAUUCAAUUCCGGAUAUUGGGGGAACUUUGAAGAUCUGUGAUGAUGGCUACGUUCUUAUCGUAGACUUCGAAAACAAUGAUUGGGAUUGUGUCGAAGAUGAAGGCCAAUGUCCUCUUGACCAAGUGAAUGGAGUGGGAUGCCGACAACCGGAUUGCCUUUACGGUCAAAACUCGUUAGGACAAUGCGAAUGCGAUGGACAGCUUUACAUCGAUGAAGAUUGCAAUGAAGGCUUCCUGUGUUCAACCAACAUUCCCGAUCCUUACCUCUUCCAAGGUUGCAAGAAGACUUGCCUCAACGGACAGAUCUUGGUGCCGGAUAUUCCCAAUAAGGACUGGAAAUGUGAGGACAAGAGCACCACUCAAUACCGAUGUCCUGGAGCCUUUCACUUCGAGUGCCAUGCCAACGUUCUCGGGUCCAAUUUCACUAGCGAUAUGUGUGGUUGUGACGGGGAGCUCUUGGUCAAUCAUGAUUGCUCGGAGGCUUUCUAUUGCUUCGGCCGAAUGGCAAACGGCGGGCGUUCCAUCAAAUGUCCUGAGGGUCAAAUUGUUGAAGUGGACACGGACAAUUUUGAUGCUGUAUGCACUACCAAUGUCGACAAAUGCCCCGGUUUGGGUGGAUUCCGGGUUGGAUGCGAUGGGUCUGACAUAGCUGUCCCGGAGCUACCCAAAUGCGAGUAUGGGCCUAAUGAAAUUGGCACAUGUGAUGGUUGCAGUGGGCAAAUCAUGGUGAAUGAGAAUUGCACCAAAAGCUUCUAUUGUUCCAAUUGGGUGCCCGAUGUCGAUGAUGAUGGUUGUCAUUUGGAGUGUUAUAAUGGACAAGUGGUACUUCUGGACCUGAAAACUAAGUCUUGGCGUUGCGAUGACAAGCCCGAGGGCUUCAUUUGUCCUGGCGAGUUUAAGGUGGAUUGUCCCCGUGCCGAAAAUUAUGCCAUUCAUUGUGGAUGCCAGAAUGAAGUUUGGAUCAGUGAUGGUUGUCGUCAAGCCUUUGUUUGCGUUGAAGAAACGAUUGAUGGAGCUCCCCAGGGCAAAUUGACUCGGUGCAAUGACAACGAAAUCAUUAGCUUUUCGUACGCAAACAGUUCUCUGGAAUGUAUUCCAGAUGAAGGCCAGUGUCCUGGCUCCGUUCAUUUUGGUUGUGUUGGGGGCGACUUAUCAGGAACGACCAUCCCAACCACUACAACCACUACAACCACUACAUCUACAGAAAAUGGAGGUGAUUUUGUCAAAGGAUGCUUUCUCUUGGUGACAGUACUGGCUCUUCUUGGAGUUUACCAAAUUUGAUUUUAUGACUUUAUUUACGGUAAAUUACAAUCAAAUCGAAUUAUAGUUCUAAAAUGUUGGCUUAAAAUAUAGAAAGCAGCUUGUGUCA